AUGAAGCUCGUUAGGUUUCUCAUGAAGUUGAACAACGAAACCGUCUCAAUCGAGUUAAAAAAUGGUACUAUUGUUCACGGCACCAUUACAGGUGUUGAUAUUAGUAUGAAUACACAUUUGAAAGCCGUUAAACUAACCCUAAAGGGGAAAAAUCCUGUUACUCUGGAUCAUCUCAGUGUGAGAGGCAACAACAUUCGUUACUAUAUCCUUCCUGACAGCUUGAAUCUGGAAACUUUACUGGUUGAAGAGGCCCCUAGGAUCAAACCUAAGAAGCCAACUGCUGGGGGAAAGCCAUUGGGGAGAGGACGGGGGAGAGGACGUGGACGCGGUCGUGGGCGUGGCCGAUAA